AUGUCCGGUACAAAUAAUACUGGAGAUGAUAGUAAUAUUGGCAAACGUAGAGUUAGACGAACGUAUGAGGUAGCUGUUGAAGAUGAGCAGGCUACAAAACCUUCCGAUGCAGAAGUUCAAAGAGACAAAACGGAGGUAAAGAGUAGGUAUCAACCAGAUGUCGUACUGAAAAAAUCCAGAUAUAAUACUAAUAAUGAACCACAUAAUAACAAUCCCCCACGAUAUAAAGCUUCACAAUCCGAUCAGAAAUUCAUUCUGCAGCAAGAAUAUAUAGAUAAUAAAGGGUUUAUGGAUAUUCAACGUAAGAAAGAACUUCUGCAAGGAAACAAAGUAAAAGUAAAAGAUGACAAGCGAUCUCGACAACAAAUAUGGGAAGAAAAACAAUUACGGAAUGCAGUAGUUGGGUCUAACAUCGAUGAAAUUAAAGUAGAAAAUUCUGAUCGAUAUGAGUACGUUUUCGAUACAGAAGCAACUAUUGCCUUCACUAGUGAUCAAGAAGAUGAACUUCCCGAAGAAGGCGAGACUUUAAGCACGGAGGAUGCCCGUUUAUUGGAAGAGUUAGAGAGGGAAAGAUCACGUUUACUAUCUAUUCAAGAAACAAGGAAAUUAUUACCAGUGUAUCAAUAUCGUGAACCAUUAUUGAAAGCUAUUCGUGAUAAUCAAGUUCUCAUUAUUGUUGGUGAAACUGGUUCUGGUAAAACUACUCAAUUACCACAAUAUCUUAUAGAAGAUGGUUAUACUGCAGGUGGGAAAUAUCAAAUUGGUGUUACGCAACCAAGAAGAGUCGCUGCUACAUCAGUGGCAACAAGAGUAUCGGACGAAAUGGAAGUCAUAUUGGGACAAGAAGUUGGUUAUUCUAUUCGUUUUGAAGAUAAGACCACUUCAGGGAAGACUCUUUUGAAAUAUAUGACUGAUGGUAUGUUAUUACGUGAAUUUCUAACUGAUAGAAAUUUAACUAAAUAUUCAUGUAUUAUGAUUGAUGAAGCACAUGAACGUACAUUAGCUACAGAUAUAUUACUCGGGUUAAUAAAAGAUAUCUUACCCAAGCGGAAAGAUCUUAAGUUAUUGAUCUCUUCUGCUACUAUGAAUUCCAAAAGAUUCUCUGAAUUUUUCAAUGACUGUCCAAUCUUCACUGUCCCCGGUAGAAGAUUCCCCGUUGACAUUCAUUAUACAUUACAACCGGAGGCUAACUAUAUUCAAGCUGCCAUCACAACGAUUUUCCAAAUCCACACCACACAAAAAUUACCUGGGGAUAUACUAGUCUUCUUAACAGGACAAGAAGAAAUUGAAUCUAUGAGGGAAAAUUUAGAAGAAAUAUCUCAAAAAUUAGGUUCACGUAUCAAACAGUUGUUAAUCACACCGAUCUACGCCAAUUUACCACAAGAACAACAAAGUAAUAUAUUCCAAAAGACCCCUAAAGAUUGUCGUAAGAUUGUUCUCGCUACUAAUAUCGCAGAAACAUCGCUAACUAUCGAUGGGAUUAAAUAUGUCAUUGAUCCUGGCUUCGUUAAGGAGAAUUCAUACGUUCCGUCAUCAAAUAUCACCCAAUUAUUAACUGUGCCAUGUUCCAAAGCAUCAGUGGAUCAAAGAGCUGGUAGAGCAGGCCGUGUGGGACCUGGGAAAUGUUUCAGAUUAUUUACUAAAUGGUCAUAUAAUAAUGAAUUGGAAAUGAUGCCCAAGCCUGAGAUUGUUAGGACGAAUCUUUCUCAUACUAUUUUGUUGUUGUUAUCGUUGGGAGUUAAGGAUUUGUUGAAUUUCCCAUUUCUGGAUAAGCCUAGUAUUCCAUCGUUCACUAAAUCACUGGAGAAUCUAUAUAUCCUGGGGGCAUUGAAUAAUAAGGGAGAUAUUACAAAGUUAGGUGAAAUGAUGUGUGAAUUCCCAUGUGAACCCGAAUUUGGUAAGGUGUUGUAUUCUAGCGCAAUCGAUGAGAGGUGUAAUGGGACAUUGAGUGAAUGUUUGACUAUUGUGUCUAUGUUACAUGAGACUAUGUCAUUGUUUAUUGGGAAGAAGAAAGAGGCCUUGUCUAGUAUAAUGAGUGAAGUGGAAAGUGAUCAUCUGUUUUACUUGGAGAUAUAUAAUCAAUGGAAAGGAGUUGGUUAUUCAAGAACAUGGUGUCAAGAUCAUAAGAUUCAAUUUAAGACUCUAUUAAGAGUGAAAAAUAUUAGAAACCAAUUAUUUAAUUGUUGCAAGAAAUUAGGUCUUAUCGACAAAGAUAAGGAGGCACUUGAAAGCCGAAGUAAUGAUAAAGAGAAAAACAGUCGAAUAACGAAAUGUUUCAUUAGUGGAUUUGCCACAAAUGUUGCUAAAUUGGGGCCUACUGGUUAUCGAACCACAGGUAAAAGUACAGGGGGACUCAGUAUUUCGAUUCAUCCAUCUAGUAUUGUUUUCCAGAAUUAUAAAGAAAAGGCCAUGAAACCGUAUAAGGCGAUACUGUAUCAACAAUUGAUGUUAACCUCCAAGGAAUAUAUUAGAGAUUGUAUUCCUGUACCAGAAGAAUCUUGGUUGACAGAAAUGAUGCCACAUGUUUUCAAGUAA